UUGGGUGGUAGCGCGGAGUGGUGGAAAAAGUGCUUGUUGGAGCGUAAUUAGCAGAAGAAGGAAUCAGAAAUUUUGCAUCGCAAGACCGCCAAUAUUUAUGCCAUAUCAACAAGUUAAAGAUGAAGCAGGUUGACGCUUUCCAGUGAUAAUAGUUGAAUGCCAGACAGAUAAAGAACUACGAUUCGCGACGCCACACCAGUUUGCUUAUCAGGCAGAAGACAACGUCGGGGAGGAGCAAAAAAUUGCUUAUCACCUUCCCAGUGCAACGACAAUGAGAUUGUGUUUGGAUAAAUCUGGGCAUCUGUCGUCGUUGGUUGAAUAUUUCGGACAAAGGGCAUUACCCUUUUUCGCAGAACCAACAGCAACGCUACCUCGAGCAACCUGUUGUGGCAUUCAAAUCAAUAUCUGUUGAUUCUACUUGUGAAAUCAGACGAAAAUGCGAUACGAGUAUCAGCUGCUUCAGCAGCAGGAUGCUUCCGAACGCACCCAAGCGCCGGUCGGAUCUCGCCGAAAGCCCAACCCCAAAAUAGUGGCCAACAACCUUCGCUUUUCGUUCUUCUGCCUGGUGGUGAGUGCAUCGCUACUAAUAUUCCUAUUCUUGGCGUACACCGAUUCGUUCCAUCCGAUCGUCGAUAGCAUAGCCGGAAAGCUCGGCUAUCAUGAGAAAACGUACGCCGUUGUAAUAGAUGCCGGAUCCACCGGAAGCCGUGUGCUAGCGUUUGAAUUUCAUCGCGGCUAUCUGGACGGACGAUUGGUACUGGAUUACGAGCUGUACAAACACUCCAAGCCAGGACUAUCAGCGUUCGCCGAUAAACCAGAAGACGGAGCAGCCACCAUUGAUAAACUGCUACAGGAAGCUAAAAACGUGAUACCAAAGGAGAAGAUGGCCACCACGCCGCUAGUAUUGAAAGCCACUGCCGGACUGAGGUUGUUGAAACCGGAACAAGCCGAGGGACUGCUGCAGGCUUGCAGAAAUUUGUUCGAAAAGUCCGGAUUCUUGGUGAACGACCACUCGGUGGAGAUUAUGGACGGAACCGAUGAGGGAAUUUUCUCGUGGUUCACUAUCAACUUCCUGCUGGGAAAAUUGAACGGUCACAAUACGGUCGCAGCUCUGGAUCUUGGCGGUGGAAGCACCCAGGUUACCUUCGCUCCAAAGGACGUCUCCCAAACUCCUCUGUACACAGAUUUCAUGCAUAAAGUUCCUACCGUCAACUCGUAUGUGGACGUAUUCACAACCAGCUACCUGGGAGCGGGACUGAUGGCCGUUCGACAUGCCGUUUUCACCAACGGAGCUCCCCAGGGUCAAACCAAGUUGGUCAGCGAAUGUGUGAAUUCUAUUGUGAAGGAUAAAUUGUUCCGAUAUGGGGCGGAACAGUACUACAUCAGUGGCAAAGAGAAUUCCAAAGCAACGGCUGAAAAUCCCGAAGUCGACUACGAGCUGUGCUCGUCCAUUGUUCGGAAGAAGGUGCUUCCGACGUUGAAGCCAAAACCGGUGACAUUGAAGCAGCACGAGAUCUCGGCGUUUAGCUAUUUCUUCGAUCGGGCCAUCGAGACGGGAUUAGUCGAUCCUUUCCAGGGCGGUGAGACCACGGUUGGCGACUUUAUUACCCGCUCUCGGGAGGUAUGCGCGGACGCCAACACCGAUCAACCCUUCAUGUGCGUAGAUCUCACAUUCCUCGCCGUCCUGCUGGAAGAAGGAUACGGUCUCAAACCGAAGACACCACUAAAGUUAUACAAGAAAAUCGACGGACACGAAAUCUCCUGGGCGCUGGGUUGCGCGUACAGCAUUCUGACCAGCAACAAGAGCUCCCAACUAUAGUAGCUCAACGAAUCAGUCGCCAAAGAGAGACAACGAUACAAUCAGCAAAACUAGCAAACAAACAGAACCACCAAAACGGAACCGAAACAGAUCUAGGGAAAUGGUUUUAAUUUUUUAGACAUCUUGAAGAAUUAGUUUGUCUUUUUAGUUGUUGUUGUUGUUCUGGGAAAGUUUAAAAUGGGACAAGGAAAACAAAUGGAUUCAGCUAUUUUGCAUCCAUAGAAGAAUCAUUUUUGAUAGCUCAAAUUUUAUGCAGACAACCAGUGCGUUGAUUAUUCUAUUAAAAGAAAAA